GGGCCCUGAGCCCUCUUGCUGUGAGGCAGCAGUGCUAACCACUGCACCACCGGCAAGGUUGGAUUGACUCAACCAUGAAAAUAGCCCCAUCUUGUGGGACUAGACACAAACAGCUUUUUAAUACUGUACAUUAUGUCAUUCACUGUACCUUUUUUAUUUACAUGAUGGAAUGAUUUUGCUCAGUAAAAACACACAUUUUAAGCUGUAUAAGCUAUCAGCUGAGAAAUAUUGAUGUUUUUUCAAGUUCAUCUUAGCCGUCAAAAGCUCCAUUGGGGUUAUGCAACAGCUAGAGAGGCGUGAUAAAAAAAUGAAAUCUUAAUGGUUAUUUCAGUAAUUCCCAUGCUAUUAAGAGAUUUGAGUGAGAGAGUGUGUUAAAGCUGGACACAGAGAGAGAGAGAUGUGCAGCACAAGUUCUGGAAAAUCUGUAGGUUAGAGGGUCAACACUGCGAGAUAUAAGCUUAGAGUCCAUUAGUGGAUUAUAACCAUAACCCCACGCCAUGGCUCCUGCAUCUCUCUUGGAUUAAAGAGAGAGAGAGAGAGACAGAGAGAGAGAGCAUGCUAAGUGCAUGAGGGUAACUGGAAAGCAAGUGAAUUGAGCAAAUUCAAAGGCAGAGCGUUAUAUACUGAGCGUACGUGGACUGAGAAACACUGGGAGGCAAGCUGAAGUAAAGCCGGCGCGGUGACAGCACUUUGGGUUGGCAGACCUACGGUAUAUUAUCUUAUAAUAUACUUAUCUUAUAUCACCUGGCUGAUUAAGUGAAUUGCACAAGGAAGCAUGGACGUGGACCUGGAGGGGAUUAUCCAGUGCAUCAAGCAGGGGGAUGAGAACGGUGUUCAGAUACAGCUGCAGGAGUUCAACAAAGAGUACGCCCAGUGCUUCUUCUUUGAUUCAGAGGAGAGGGACCGGAGGAAACAAAGGAAACUAGAAGAGUUCAGGAAGAAUAAAGUGAGGGACUGCGCUGAUUCUGACUCCGACUGUGACGAGUAUGACCAGGAGGAUCGAGGCCUCAUCCUCAGACAGAAUUUGGCUGUUGUCCUGAUGAGGUUCAUAAGAACAGGAGUCAAAUGUCGUCUGUUGAGAGUAUCUCUGCGCACCCUGAGAAUCCUCUCCAGAGAUAAAAAGGUCCUGGGCCCCUUGGUGACCGACAGCGCUCUCCUGACGCUGGCCAAACUAGCCGGGCUGACCACAAGUGAUGCAACCGACGAAUCCAGCGACCCUGACUCUGACUUCUACGAUAACAUCAUCGCUUCUCUCGCCGAGGCCAAAGUGUUGCACAGUCGCACCGACGAGGACGAGGGCGAAGACCAAAACGAAGUGUGCUUCGACGAGGACACCAAGAGCGACAUCAGCGGCGAUCUGGACAGCAUCAGCUGGUCUGGCAGCCACAGGACCAGCAUCAACGAAAUGCACCAGGGCAGCACCCAUCACAAGGAGCUGGAGAGAGGGAGAAAGGACCGCAGGGAGAGCAAGAUUGAGGCGGAGGAAGAGGAGGAGGGGAGCGCGUCAGGAGAGGAGGCACAGAGAAAAGAGGCCAUGAAGGUGUUGUGUAAUGUGGUGUACAACAGCACCUGGGCGCAGGAGAGGUUCAGUGGUCUCAGUCUCAUGAAUGGCCUCACAGAGCGUCUGUCCUCCGGCGUUAGUGGCUCGUCUCCCUCCAGUGUUCAGUUCUACGAACUUCGCCUCAUGUUCCUCAUCACUGCCCUACGGCGAGAGCUCAGCACUCAGCUUCAUAAGGAGGGAGGCGUGUCCAUCUUCACAGCAGCUCUGGAGAGCUGCCUGGAGGUCCAGUGGAAGGACCAGUACGAGUGUGUGGUGGACCCAGCAGCACCACCCAUCUCACUGGAAGUCUCUCAGCGCGUCAUAGAGAUCCUCAAAAUCCUCUUCAACAUCACCUACAGCUCCCACAGGAAGGAGCCAAGUGAGGAUGAUGCAGCUCUCUACCGACACCUGGUGGCGAUCCUGCGUCUCUGCAUGAUGAGGAAAUGUUUGAUUUCGGACGACACUGAUGAAUUGCAGGGUCACACAGUCAACCUGCUGUCGGCGCUGCCUCUCCAGUGUCUCGAUGUGAUGCUGACGGUGCCUCCGGAGCCCGGCUCCAAGCAGUGCCAGGGGGUCAACAUGGACUGUGUCCACACCCUGGUGCUGUUCAUGGAACGACGCCUGGAGUUGGGUGAAAAGAUGAAAGAGAAGCUGACACCGAUCCUCAAUCUGCUGACAGAGAGCUGCAGGGCCCACAGAGAAACACGCCACUACAUCAGGAAACAUAUCCUGCCUCCUCUGAGAGACGCAUCACACCUGCCCGAGGAAGGCUCCACGGUGAAGAGUCGUCUGAUCCGUCUCAUGACUCACCUGGAUACAGACCUCAAACACUGCGCUGCUGACCUCAUCUUUGUCCUCUGCAAGGAAAACGUGGGCCGUUUUGUCAAGUACACCGGCUACGGCAACGCAGCGGGCCUGCUGGUCACCAGGGGUCUGUUGGGCGGCCAGAGGACCGCGCCCUCCGACACCCACUACUCCAGCGACUCCGACUCGGACACCGAGGAGUACCGGCAGGUCAGAGACCGCAUCAACCCGGUGACGGGGCGGGUGGAGGCGGAGCAGCCGGACCCCAUGGAGGGCAUGUCGGAGGAGGAGAAGGAGGAGGAGGCCAGGAGGCUCAUCAUGCUCUUCAGCAAGCUGUCCAGAGACAGCAUUAUCCAGCCGGUGGGAGUGGAUUCUGAGGGGAAACUGGUCCCAAUAUCGGGAAUGAGGGAAAACUCGUCUGGGUCAGAGAAUGACGGAGAAGCAGAGGAAGGAGAGAAGAACUGAAACAUGUCAAAUGUUUUGUUUUGUGUCCCAUUUCUAACGUUUGACAGUAUAUGUGUUGUCAAUGUAUGGACGACAUGAAAACAAAGUGCGCCAUUCUGAAACUAAACAAACUUAAGGAAGGAUAUAAAAAGCUUUUCUUUAUUUCUUCUUCUUUGUAUUCAGACUUAUAAUAUAGAGCAGCUAUAAGGUCACACUGGUUUGAGUUGAAUUGAUAGUAGAUCGUAAGAAGGAACUGAUUUCAUGACAAUAUUGUCCAAUAUUUUAAUAAAGUCUUGACAGCGUA